AUGGACCGGGGCAUUAGCGACAGCGGUGGUGGUGGCAGUGACGGUGGUGGUGGCGGUGGUGGUGGUGGUGGUGGUGGUGACGGCAGUGGCGUGGCACUGGUGGGUCAGCCGGUGGUGGCGAUCGCGGACGACGAGGCGGCGCGGUUGACGGUUCUGGUGGAGCAGCUGCGGUCACAGGUGACGGACCAGAGCAGGAUCAUCGACGAACUGAAGGAGGAGAUGGCGGCGACCAAGGAUUGCGUCGAGGCUGACCUGGUCUACGCCGGCCUGCGGGGUCAGAUCAGCGAGCUGGAGAUCGAGCUUGAUGCUGCCGGCACUGGGUUCGAUAAGAUGGUGGUGCGGGCCGAGGCGGCAGAGGCUCGUGUUGCCAAGCUAAAGGCCGAGCUGGCGGAGGCGACGCAGAAGCAUACGGCUGCAGUCGAGGCGCUGUACGCCGGGCAUAAGGAGCAGAUCGCCGAACUCGAGGCCGAGCUGACGGCAACCGCCCAGCUCCUGGAUGAGGCGACCGUGCGGGCCGAGGCGGCCGGGGCUGAGCUGACUGCGGUCGUCGAUGCACGCCGGGCAGCGGCCGAGUGUGUGGCGAGGCUCGAGGCUGAGCUGGCGGCGGCCGCGGGAAGUGCUGCGGCGGCUGAUACAGUCGCUUGCGGGCUCCGGGAGCAGGUCGAGGAGUUGGAAGCCGAGCUGGCGGCGACAGCUGAGAAGCUGGAAGCUGUGGCCGACGACGGCGUUGCUGCCGCCGAGGCUGCAAGCGUAGAGGCUUCACUCCAGCAGAUGAUGGAGGACGAUACAGCGGUGCGGCGCCUGGUGCUCGAGGAAGCGCCGCUGGAGCUGAGCAUCGACCCGGCGACACCAACGCCCGCCCUUGUGGCUGCGCUCAUCGCCGAGCUCGAGGUUCGCGAAGCCGUAGCCGCGGGACGGGCACGGAAUUGA